CUUUAUUUAUUACACCUGUACUUGGCUAUUUAUUGAUGCCCCCACUGCCAUUUUUAUCUUUUUAUCUUAUCGUUUUCCAUUCCUGUGACGCCAAAUCUAAAAGAAAAACUUCAACAAACCUUCAAAUCUUGAAGUCAACUCGCCGAACAGUUUCUAUCGUGUAUUGCUAAACCGAGACAUAAAAGCUCCAAGAGUCACGCCAUGGGACAACCUUCCACGCAGGCAUCAAAUGCCCUGAUCUAUAUCACCUAUGGCUCCUUCCUGAUUUUUGGCUGUGCCAUCGCAUGGCGGCUCCGGCAUCAGACGAAAGACGAGUUCCUCUCCAGCAACAGAACGCAGACUGCCGGACCGUUGGCGCUUAACUUUGUCGCUUCUGCCCUGGGUUCCGGUAUUCUGUUCUCAUACCCGCAACUGGCUGCUCUUACUGGCGUGCAAGGCGUGAUCGUCUAUGCCGUUAGUUCAGCGGCUCCUCUUAUGAUAUUUGCUAUCCUUGGCCCGAUUAUUAGAAAUAAAUGCCCCGAAGGCUUUAUUCUCACGGAAUGGACAAGACAACGAUAUGGUGUUGCUACAGCUAUGUUUCUCAGCUUUCUCACGCUGGUCACAAUGUUUCUGUACAUGGUAGCAGAACUCUCUGCAAUGCAGCAAAUCGUCGGUGCUUUGACUGGAAUGGAUGGCCUGCCAGCAAUCAUCGUGCAAGCCGUCGUAACGACGAUAUAUACCUCUCUCGGUGGCUUCAAAAUCUCAUUUAUAACCGACAAUAUCCAAGCAGUCAUGGUCUUCUUUUUGGUUGCAGUUGCUACUAUCACCAUCGGGGUUAAGACGAAUGUGGAUCGCAGCCUAGUUGAUUCUUCCGGCUUACUCAAUCCUACUCUUCUGGGCUGGCAACUUCUGUAUAUUCUUCCAGUCGCCGUCCUCACAAAUGACUUCUUUCUUUCCAACUUUUGGAUCCGCACUUUCGCCUCUCGAACUGAUAAAGACCUCUUCAUAGGGGUCUCAAGCGCCUCAGUUAUAGUGCUUGUCAUCCUGACGCUUGUUGGUGUAACGGGUCUGCUCGCCGUCUGGACGGGGGCAUUAGCACCUGGCGAAGACGGCUCCAUCGCCUUCUUCCUUCUUCUGGAAACACUACCCAGCUGGGUUGUCGGAAUUGUCCUGGUCAUGACUGUUACGCUUUCUACAGCAGCGUUUGACUCCUUCCAGUCAGCCAUGGUUUCUAGUGCUUCGAAUGAUCUGUUCAGGAACAAACUCAACAUCUGGGUUAUUCGAGCUGGGAUAGUGGCGCUUAUAUUUCCUGUCGUUGUGAUUGCUCUCAAAGCGCCGUCGAUCCUGCAGAUAUACCUGAUCUCCGACCUUGUUUCUGCCUCGACCAUUCCUGUAUUGGUUAUUGGCCUUAGCGACCGCUUCUACUGGUGGCGCGGAUUUGAGGUUGUAAUCGGCGGUCUUGGUGGAAUUCUGACUGUAUUCAUCUUUGGAACAAUCUACUUCGGGAAUGCCCUUGAUGGCGCAAAAUUGAUCUUGCUUGAAGGCGGUCUAUACGCCAAUGAUUGGAGUGCAUUCGGUGCUUUUGUCGCUGCUCCUUUUGGAGGACUCCUUUGGGGCUUUGGUGCAUUGGUCGUUAGACUGAGCUUUCAGUGGCUUAUUGCGAAGAUAAAGGGGCAACGCUUUGAUUCCCUCGAUAAGCCAGACUACCUCACACGUCCUCGGAUUGUGGACGCCAAUGAAUAUACCGACAGCGGCGACAUCACGGCCGCCGACGAGGGAGUUGUCACGUCACAUCCGAAAGGGAAGUUCUUCUAGAGCUGCCAAGACCAUAAUAAGUUCAUUGAGUUGCUCCGUUGCUCAUACUGCGAGGGGUAUUACAUGCUUGUCGAUUACUGAAUAAUCGAAACUCGACGAGGGACAAUCUAAUAAGGUAUUAGUUAUUAUAUACUAUACUAAACUAUUACUAUAUACUACCAUAUUCAUCGUGCAUAAGGCCAUAUAAAAAUAGGUGAAGAUUUUGUGUGUUGUUGGAAGGUAGCAUUUAGUUCCAUAGUACCC